GUUUUCAUGUCAUUUUUCAUCCUUUGCUCCAUUAGAGAUCACCUCCAUCAUCUACUGACCAGUUACAAAGUAAAUUAAUAUCCAUGGUGUAAUUAAUUAAUUAGCAUUCACAAGGCUCCAGCAAAUGCACUGAUGGAGAGGGGGAGUGCUAGGGUUAAGGUACGUUUUCCGGCAGCCAAGGACAAUGGUAGUGGGACCAAGUGGCAGCUUCCAGGGUAUGGCAGGCAGUUUCUAGUGCAGGUAACUACGUAUUUCUUCUAUGAUUUUCCAGCAGAUCGCUCAGUGAAGGAUAUGUGGUUUUGCUUUUGGUCAUUUGGGAAGGUGGCAGAUGUGUUUAUUCUGGCGAGGCGAGAUUGGAGAGGGCGUCAUUUUGGUUUCGUUUGUAUGUCAGAGGUCUCAGAAGUAAAGGAUAUGGAACAGAAAUUAAAUCAGAUCUGGCUUGGAUCUUAUCAUCUCAAGGUGAAAUUGGCAGGGAACAUGAAAAGAGAGUGGGGGGUGGCAGCGACGAAUCCGAAUAGGCAGUUUGAGAAAAAAUGGAUUAGAAGAGAGAGUAAGGUGACUCUAGGGAGGACGUAUGCUCAGGUGGUUGCUGGCAAUGUGGUUGCAUCCGAGGAAGGGGUGUCUUCGAAUAAUGAUGUCAGGCAGGUUGAGAUAACAAAAGGGAUGGAACCUGUAGUGGAUGUGGUUCUGGAGACAAUUUCAGAAAGGAGUACUGUGCCAUUGACAAGCGAAGGUAGGGUGGAGGAAAGAUCUUUAGAUAUGGUGAAGAAAAUUCAGAACAGGUUGGAUGUAGAUGGUUUAUUGGUAAAUGUGGCUUUGCUUGGUGGUCACCAUGUCAUUUUAGUUGAUUAUUUAGAAGGAUGCCUUGAGGAGUUUAUUAGUUAUAACAGCGAAUUAAUGGAGUCGUGGUUUGAAUGGAUUCAACCAAUGUCUUUAUCCACGAUAUCUCUGGUGAGUAGAUUGGUAUGGCUUCGGUUCACGGGUGUUCCAUUAAAGGCAUGGAGCGAGAGAUGCUUCACAGAAUUAGGUGGAUUAAUUGGAGAGGUUGACGGCAAGGCUUUCCCGAUAACAGUGCAGGAAGAGGAGUGGAGGAUGGACCCGGAUUGGUGUGAAUCAGCUUUCAAUGAAAACGGAUUUCCAAGCGAGGAUGGGGCAGUGAUGGCUGAAGAACGCGUUGCAACGGAAAUGGUUUCAAAUUUUUUGUUACAAAAAGACAUAGCUUUAAAUGAGGAAGUUUCAGGCGAGAAUAUGGAAUUAAAUGGGCUGGAGACAUUUGGGCCGAGUGGAGGUAACUUUAAUGGGCCACAUAAAGGUGGAGAAGUGGAGCCACAGUCUCAGGAACGAAGUGUAGAAGAUGGGUCCGAAAUUGGGCUUGAGGCUCAUUAUGUGCAGUCAACUCGACUGGACUGGACAGAGAAGAAACGCAGAAGCUUGGGAACGAUUUAUGCUGAGGUUAGUGGGAUGGAGAAACCUAGGAAAGCUGGCACCAGCUGGGUCACGGCAAGGACAAAAGCUCGCAGAAAUAGAAGGGGCACAGAUGUGCGAGGGGAGGAAUCGCAGAUGGAAAGUUGUUCUCUGUCCGAUGGGUGCAUCCGACGCCAGAAUGAGGUGAUUGGAAAGCAGCUGCAGAUGGAUGAAGUCAGAGAGCUGUUUCUGAUGGGGCAGAAUUUGGGGAUUCAAUGUCAACAAAAUGAGGAAGAGGUGAUCUCUAGGUUGGAGGCUUUAGAGGAGAGGGAUGGAGUCACCUUCGGAUUGGGCAAUUCGGGAGGUUUGCUGUCUAUAUGGAAUAAGAGCAAUUUUGUUAAAGAAAGGGUGAUAGAAGGAAAUGGUUUUAUAGGGAUUUCAGGGGAGUGGGGAAAGCAGCGGUUGAAAUGUAACCUUGUUAAUGUGUAUGCUCCUUGUGAUAGGCAGAGGAAGGCUAUGUUGUGGGCGGAGAUGGGUAAGUUAGUUUUGGAAGAGGGCGGUAGAUGGCUUUUAGUAGGGGAUUUUAACGCAAUAAGGAAUGGGGCAGAGAGGAAGGGGAGACUAGGAGGGACACAGGACAUGGGAGAUUUUAAUCAAUUUGUAGAGGGGUGUGGAUUAAUUGAUGUUAGAUUGAGGAACAGGAAAUUCACCUGGUACAAACCCGAUGGCUCUUCAAUGAUUAUUUUGACGUCAAGAAAUAUAGAUUGGGGUCCCAAGCCUUUUCGAGUACUUGACGCAUGGCAACAACACCCUGAUUUUAAAUGUUUUGUGGAGGAUAAAUGGAAGACUUUGCAGAUUGAAGGAUGGGCAGCUUUCCAAUGUAAACAGAAGCUGAAAUUAAUAAAAGAGGACUGCAAGGGGUGGAAUAGAGGGGUUUUUGGUAAUGUGGAGACUCAGCUGGAUACAAGGUUAAAGCAUAUUCAGAGGUUGGAUAAAAAAAGUGAAGAAGAGGAGCUGAGCGAAAAUGAGACAAGGAGGGCACAGAAUGCAAUAGAUGGUAUCUUAGGAGAGGAGGGAUGGAUUGAGGAACCUGAGUUAAUUAAGGCAGAGGCAGUUAAAUAUUUUAGUAAGUUAUUCUACAAGGAGCAGUGGAGUCAGCCUGUAAUGGAAAGGAUCCAAUUUCGUAAAAUCUCUGUAGCACAAAAGGAGUGGCUAGAAAGACCUUUUUCCAUAGAGGAAAUUGAAGAGGGUCUUCGAAGUUGUGAUGAGUCAAAGGCGCCAGGCCCAGAUGGAUACAACUUCAAUUUUAUAAAGUUUGCUUGGAACACGCUGAAGGAUGAUUUUGUGAAGUUUUUGCUGGAAUUUCAUCAACAUGGGAGGGUUGUGUGGGCUGGUGAAAAAAGCAGAUGUGAAGGGUUGUUGAAAGGUCUGGAAAUUAGGAGGGGUGGUAUGGUGUUGUCAUUAUUGCAGUUUGCAGAUGAUACUGUCUUUAUGGGAAAGGCGUGUGCAAGGAAUUUAAAGGUUAGUGGAGAUGUUAAGGGUUUUAAAUGGAAGGUUGGUGAGGGAAGAUGUGUAGAGUUUUGGAGGGAUAAAUGGGUGGGAGACAAGUCCUUGAAAGAUUUAUUCUCGAGGCUGUUUGUGUUAUCUACUAUUAAGGAGGGACGGUUGAAGGAUAUGGGCUUUUGGAGGGGUGCGAAUUGGGUAUGGGAUUGUAGAUGGCGAUGUGGAUGUGUAGGGAGGGCUGUUGGUGAGGAGGGAUAGUUUAGGGAAAUGAUUAAUGGGGUAAGGUUGAGGAUGGAGGAAGCAGAUUCUUGGCAUUGGAUUCAUAGUAGUGAUGGUACCUAUUCUGUAAAGGCAGCUUAUGAUUUUCUGUCACCGAAAGUUUGUGUUCUGGAUGAGGAAUGGUCUCGGAUUAUUUGGAGUAAAUAUGUUCCUUUGAA